CUCCCUCUCCCUCUCACUCCCUUUCUCCAGCUCUACGAGAUUGACCGUAUCCGACUGACCUACCAGCACAUGAGGCACUUGGAGAGUGUGUACGGGAAAGAUGCCCCUUACUACCAGCAUACGCUGGGCAUGGGGCCCGGUCCCAGCAAGCCCAAAGGCCCCUGCGACCCCAAGAAGGACCGGGGCUGCAAGCGGCCCUCGGUGGGGCCCACGCCCCGCCCCCCACGAGCCCACCAGGCCCAGCACCGGCCCCACGCCCCGAUCUCUUGCAACCCGCAGGACCCCGCCUGCCUGCUCCAGUACGUCUACCGUUUCUUGGGGCCCGCCCAGGGUGGCCACCCUCCCCCCUCGCCCCACGAAGACCAGCAGGACCAGGAGGAUGAGGAAGAGGAAGAGGAAGAGGAGGAGGAUGACGAGGUGGACCCCUACGAUCCACGUUACCACGGCUACUACGGGGACCCCCGCUCAUACUAUGGCCCAAACUAUCCACAUGGAUCUCCUUCCAAACCAAAGCCAAAUCCGUACAGCUCCCCAAAUCCAUACAACCCCAAUCCUGAUCCUUAUAAUUCCUAUCCUUAUAACCCCAACCCUAAUCCUUACAAUUCCCAAAAUCCAAAUCCAUAUGAUUCCCCGAGACCCUACGAUUCUUCCAAUCCCUACGGAUCGCCCAACAACUACCCCUACCGCAACCCUUACAAUAGCCCUUACAGCGCUCCCUAUGGAUCCCCCUAUGGGUCUCCCUACAAGCCCCCCUACGACGAGGAUGAGGAUGAGGAUGACGAGUAUUAGUUUGAGCGCACGGUGCCAGGCUACGAGACACAGGGGCAUUUGGGGGGCAGAGACGGGAGCACCCUUCCCUGCAGCUCUCCACCUGAGAGCACCUUUACUAUAAUGGCCAGAGAGGGGGCCUCCUAAUCCCGGUAAAAACCCACCGAACAUAGAAUUGUAUCGGCACGGCAAAAGGCCCUUCGGCCCACAAUGUCCGUGCCCAACAUCCCCUCUCCCCGCCUCUUAACCCGCCUUCCAUAAGCUCGGCUACUGUCCAACUCACCUCCACCCCACGGCGGACAUUGGACUUUGUCCCUGGAACUGAUGCGCUACAAUGCUGAGAACUAUAUUCUGCACUCUGCAUCUUCCCCUUUGCUCCGCCUAUUGUACAUGUGUUUGACGCGAUUGUAUAUAUGUAUGGUAUUAUCCGAUCCGUUUGGAUAGCACGCAGAUGGCUUAUCGCUGUUCCUUGGUACACGUGGUAAUAUUAAACCUAGACUUAAGCGCGA